CUCUCCUCUAUAUUUCCUCCACCACCAUCCCUCCCUUAUUCACAACCACCAUCACUCUCCUCCCCAAAACCUCCCCUCCUCCACCUCCUCAUACCACCUGUCCCCUCCUCAAAACCUCCCGCCCGCUUCUCCCCAAAGCCUCCCUCCCUCGUCUUCCCAAAACUACCAACCCUCCCUUAUCCAAAACCUCCCCUUCUCUUCCUCCUCCUCUCCCCCAUACCACCAGUCCCUUCCCCAAAACUUUCCGUCCUCGUCUCCCCAAAACUUCCCGUCCACGUCCCAAAACUACCACCCCUCCUUUCUCUCAGUCCUCUCCCACUCCUCUCUUCCACACCACCUCCACCCCUCCUCUCUCCACAACUACUGUCCCUCCUCUUCCCAAAACAACAAUCGCUCCUCUUCCCUCUACCAUGCGUCCAUUACCCAAAACCUCCACUCCUCGUCUGCCCAAAACCUCCCCCCAUCCUCUCCCCCACACUGCUCCCCCUCUGUUUGACCGUGAGCCCUUCAUAGUGACCUGGAACAUCCCAGAUCUGGUCUGUAACAGGUACAAUAUCUCCCUGGACACCUCCCCCUACAGAGGCGUGGCCACACCUGCCAAGGUGCCAGGUCAGUUCCUGUCUCUGUUCUAUACUGACCGACUGGGCCUCUACCCUCACGUGGACCUGCCUUCCAGGCAGCAGUUCUACGGAGGCAUCCCCCAGAGAGGAAACCUUAGGGCCAGUCUGGCCAAGGCCCGCGCUGACAUCAACUACUACAUCCCCUCCAAGUACUGA